UCACUGCCUGCUUAGAUGCUAAUGCUUGCUGUCUUUCACAAAAAGGUCACAAUCAAACUCAAAUCUCCAGUUGUACAGAUUCUUCCACUUUCCAAAUAAUUCUCAUCUUUCUCUUCAAAAACAAAAAAAUAACCAAAACUAACCCAAACCACAAAUCAUAAAAUCCCUUAAAAUUUCUCAUACCUUCGUAAUAUCAUUAGUUCAUAAAUCUAGUUCAUAGAAAUAGAAGAAAAAACAUAGGCAACACUUUUACACAAUCAUUAUUCAUCAUAGAAACAUAAGAAAAAAUGCAUACAAAAACAGAUUCAGAAGUUACAACAACAAGUGUAGCAACAUCAACAUCACCAACAAGAUCACCACCACGUCGUCCACUAUACUACGUUCAAAGUCCAUCACACGACGGUGAAAAAACCGUCACUACAUCCUUCCAUUCAACACCUGUUGCUUCACCUCAUCAUUCUUCUUCUUCCACUCAUUUUUCUGCUUCUAAGAAGGACCAACAACAUCAACAUAGUGUUAAUCCAUGGAAGCAUAUUGAUGUUAUUGAAGAAGAAGGGUUUCUUGAGAAAGAGAGGAAUGGUGGAUAUUCUAGGAGGUGUUAUUUUUUGGCUUUUGUUGUUGGGUUCUUUGUUUUGUUCUCUUUGUUUUCGCUUAUUCUUUGGGGUGCUAGUAGACCUAUGAAGCCAAAGAUUGUGAUCAAGAGCAUAAAGUUUGAUCAUGUUACCGUUCAAGCCGGUUCGGAUUCGACUGGGGUGGCCACUGAUAUGAUCACCAUGAACUCUACUUUGAAAUUCACAUACCGCAACACUGGCACUUUCUUUGGAGUCCAUGUUUCAGCUACUCCCUUGGAACUGUCCUAUUCGGAUAUAGUCAUUGCUUCAGGAAAUAUGAAGGAGUUUCAUCAAUCUAGGAGGAGUCAUAGAUUGGUGAGUGUGGCAGUGAUGGGUAGCAAGGUCCCUUUGUAUGGAAGUGGUGCUAGCCUUAGCAGCACCACAGGUAUGCCUACACUUCCAGUGCCAUUGAACCUUAACUUUGUUAUGAGAUCAAGAGCUAAUGUACUUGGAAAUUUGGUGAAGCACAAAUACUAUAAAAGGAUUCAAUGCUCCAUCACCUUGGAUCCUAAGAAACUUGGUGCUCUUGUUUCCCUCAAGAAUUCUUGCACAUAUGAUUGAAUAUUCAUGCAUAUGGUGAAAGAAAGUGUAAAAGAAUUAUUAGGAAAAAAAAUGAUUAUUUUUUUAUUAAUGGAUUCCUUUGAGAUAUGGAUGGAAUUGAUGGGGAUACAGCUCAGAACUCAGAAGGCAAGAUGAUUAGGACACAUUUGUUCUUUGAAUUAUGCAAUGAGGACAAAUAUCAUGUUGGUUCGGUUGAGAACUGUGAGUUGUGAUGUGAGUGAUCAUUACAUAAAGACAUUUUUUUUUUUGUAUCUUGUAUUAAUUAUUUUGUCACAUUUUGAUUACAUUAAUUAAUUCAAAAGUGAGAACUGAGAACUAAUCUGAAUUUAUUUUGUCCAA